AUGGCACAGGAUCAGGCACAACAGAAUGUGAUGAGAAGCCGCAUAUUUGGCAUGACCCCAAGAACAAUCACUGAUUUCAGUUUCUGCAGGAAGCUUGUUAUAAUAGGCGACGGUGCUUGCGGAAAGACAUCACUGCUAUCAGUCUUCACUCUCGGCUACUUCCCUACCACCUACGUCCCAACCGUCUUCGAAAACUAUGUGACAGACUGUCGGGUCGAUGGCAGAUCAGUACAAUUGGCUUUGUGGGACACAGCAGGGCAAGAAGACUACGAAAGAUUGAGGCCUCUUGCAUACGCGAAAUCACAUGUCAUCCUUAUUGGCUUCAGCGUCGACAGCCCCGACAGCUUGGAGAAUGUGCGGCAUAAGUGGAUUGAGGAGGCUCGCGAACGGUGUCCCGAAGUGCCUGUCAUACUGGUGGGCCUGAAGAAGGAUCUGAGAGAAGACCCGAUGGCAAUUGAAGAGAUGCGGAAGCGGAGCCAAAAGUUCGUUACGCCCCGCGAGGGCGCUGAGAUGGCCCAGGCUUGCGGGGCUCGCAAAUACCUCGAAUGUUCAAGCUUGACGGGCGAAGGUGUGGACGAUGUCUUUGAGGCUGCGACGAGAGCUGCUCUUCUGACGUUCAAUGGUAAGCAGGGUGGCGGCGGAUGUUGCGUCAUUCUGUGA